AUGGACGGACGACAGCAGUAUGUCCCGGGACCCCCACCUUCCUCUCAAGCACAACACAUGAACCUACCUGGGCCUCCGCCGCGACAUCCCUCACAGGCCCCAACGCUGGUGCCGCCACCUCCUCCUGGUCCACCUCCUGGUCCGCCCCCGGGGGCGAAUUAUGGAGCUCCGACAGGAUGGCAGCAAAAUUGGAGCAGACCGGCGCUGAAUACGGGCUUCCCACCACCGCCGCCUCUUGCCCCCGCACCAAACCAGCAUUUGACAUACAACCGUCCACCAACUCAGCUGUCGGUCGUUCCUCCGCGACAUGAUCAAGCUUUGACGUCUGCAACAUACAUUCCCGGGAACGAUACUAUUGGCGUCGGUAUUCCCGGGUUGUUCGACCCCCACGGACGAGCGGCAGCUCCGUACGAUCCCUACGCGCACGCCAAUGCCGAGAGGCAACGAUUGGGUCUCAGCCAAAUGCAGGAUCAUAUCAAUACUUCAGUCCCGUACAAAACAGAUACAACCCUCCCACAGACCCCGGGUGGCCGCACUAUUGCUCCACCUUACGCUCUUCAUGGCAACAUCCAUGAAUUGACGUCCAACGACAGUCCGCAACAGCAAAUGACAGCUCCAACUACUGAGCUUACCAAGACCUCCAGUCAUCGCCACAAUAAUAGCAGUGCUUCGCUAGGUGGGCUGUCUCACAGUGAAGCCGCGAUCCAGUGGCCACUGGAUCGGGUGCUCCUCUGGCUCGCGAAAAAUGCGUUCUCCAAUGAUUGGCAGGAAACCUUCAAAUCAUUGGAGCUCCAAGGGGCUGACUUUCUCGAGCUGGGACUGGGAGCCGGUGGGCGAGGAAACCUUGGGAAAAUGCACCAAGUGGUAUAUCCUCAAUUGGCAAAGGAGGUUGGCAAAAGUGGCAAAAAAUGGGAACCUGGUCGGGAACGAGAUGAAGGAAAGCGUAUGCGCAAAUUGAUCCGUCAAAUACAUGAUGGUCCCCAAGAUCUCACCGUCUCGACGCCACUCAAUCAGACACAGCUGCCGGCGGCUGUGUUUCCUGAGAGUAAUCCUGCCUAUUUCCCCCAUCACGAGCCACGUUCUGCUGGCCCUAUCCCCGGUGUCAAUGAUGUGAGUCAAGAUCAUCUCAAUGUCCUGCAUGCUUCCAAUGCGGCACAAAAGCAGGUUGGACAGCGGUCUGUGACCAUGCCCGUGUCUGCUGGCCACGAUUCGCCGAAGUACGAAUCUCCAGCGCGCGAAACCUGGGUACGGGGUGACCAUCCGCGGUCUGAACAUACUCGGAAUGCCCUGGCGGGGAUCAAUAAUGACCAUCGACGCCAGAGUCCGUCCAUUGGCAGCGAAUCGGGCGUUUUUCAGGCAUCAAGUCUUCGGCCCCCAGAAGAAAGCCCGAAAAGCGGUAGCCCAGCCAUGCAGGCUGCUUAUGCAGGAUCCUUUUCAGCGUCUACUGGAGAUCUGACUUUGAGACAACCCGAGCAUUCUCGGGGCAACAGCACGGACUCGAUCGCUGGUUCCACCCGUGGCGCCACACCACGGUACUAUGAUCGUAGGCAAGGUCAAGACUUUGAACACCGUAGACAAGGUCAAGAUGCUACUCGUCCCUCCCCCCAAGAUGCCUCUGGUCGGCAAUGGAGUGACCAUACUGGUUCCUCGUACUCCAAAGAACAUGCCAAGGGCUUUUUCUCUAAUAUUCUGAAGAAGAAAACAAAAAUCACAACUUCCAGCCACCCAUCUCCCGAUCAAGGACAUGAGGAUUCAUCACCUACGACGAGCCCGGAGACUCGUCCGAAUGAGGCCUAUCUCCCUUACUCAAAGCCCAGUUUCAACUCUAGCGACAUGUCGGUCGGUGAGCGGCCAUCCACGGCUAGCACAGGAGCAAAAAAAUGGGUUUUUGUGACCACGGAUGGUCUAAAUUUCCGUUUGAUCGAUAUAUCAGAUAUGGAGUUUGCUGAGUCCCUACGUACCGGAAUUUGUCAAACCAUAGGUGUCGAGCCGACCAGUGCCCAGGUUUACCUCACCGAGCCCGGGCAGAGCGAGCAUGAAGAUGCUUUGAGCGACGCGACACUGAUGCACUCGCGUCGAAAUAAAUCAGAUGCAUACGGUUCUCUCAAGCUAUUUGUACGGGGAAUCCCGAUGCUUCCUAUGCCAACCAGUACUGCUCGGAUAGAUGGCUUAGGGCUUAACAUGUCCCCAACUGCAACCCCUCAUCAAGUCCACAGGAAACCGCUGGAUGAAGAAGCACUUAACAGAUUAUCACCUCAUCGCACCAUACCGGAAUCCCCACUGCUAGGCUCUCGGCAGAACACCCUCAAAGCCUCUACGGCAAAGACAUCCCCGGCAGAUAUCACAAAAGAUCCAAGCCAAACUCCUGUGUCUGACGAUGCAGACUUGCAGACCCGCCACGAGGAACACCUCCGCGAUGUGGAACGAAAGCAAAAGCAAUACCUGCUUUCUAAAGUACCACUUGGUCAGCACAAUCAAAAUGCCUACAGUGACACUGGGUACAGGCGAAACAAAAUCAUCGAUUUUGAUAGCCCUCGUAUCUCGCCUUACGACGAAAAGAAGGGAGACACACUUGUACCACUUCGCAAGCCUCCAAUGGCUCCAAUCGAGUCUAACACUCUUACCAAAGUCAACUCUCUCAGCAGGAGACCCACCCGUGAGACUCGUGAAACCCGAGCCCAGCCGUCGCUGGGAGCUGCAAUUGCUAGCAUUAGCCGCAUAACAAGCGCUGUCGGUACGCCAGCACCUUCGGUUCCAGUCGUCUCUAAGUCUUCGCCCAUCACCCGAGACAGUGCAAGCUCGGACUCUGAUCGAGCUGGAACAUUUGACUCCAUUGGGACUUCUUCAAGUAGAACGACUCUAGACUCUUCGAUGCCCUCUUCAAAAGCCAUAGAACAAGAUAAUCCACCAGUCUCGUUUGCCAAUCAAUCACCCGAAAACCCUGUUUCUGAUGACCCACCAAGACCGGCCUUGCAAACCCGCAAGUCAUUUGGCCCAGAGUUCGAUUUUGAAGAAAACCAAGUCUCUUUCCAGCGCACUCCUCAGACACAACAAGACUCCGAAGACGAUUCAGAUGAUGACUCCGACGAUGGCUUGUUCCAAGUUCGACCGUCAAGGGCCAAGGAAGAACCAGCAGUAGCGCAAGCCGAACCUGAAAGAAAGUCGGAAAGGCCUUCGCUCACAGUGAACACGAAAGGACAACUCGGACCCAAACCGUCUGUCAGAUUCAAAUCUCCAAGUACUGCCGGUCCCAGUUCUAGCGGAUAUGGAUCAGAUGGAAAGGAGCCGGUUUCCAGCACCUGGGGACCAGUGUCGCCUGAAGAUGAGAGACCAUUACCACGACGCGACUCAUUUGCCAGAGAUGUCUGGGCAAGCAGACCUGCGGUCGAAGGCGUUAUCGACCAUCUUGACGACUUCUUCCCCGACGUUGACCUUGACGCUCCUUAUCUGGAUGAACCCCCGUCGCCCAAUACCAGAGCUCCAAAUGGCGAAGACAAAAAGGAAAUCCCGCCACCCCUGCCACAUCUAGCCUCUAGUAAUACCAACUCCCAUGCAGCCGAUGCAUCCACCGUCCGACCGCCUGAACCUAUCAAUUUCGCUCGACAGAAACUUGCUCGUAGUGGCGCUGGUGGCGGUGGGCUAUCUCGCAUGAAAUCCAUCCGACAGGUAGCCCAGGGUGCGAACCGGACGAAGAGCGUCAGCGCUGCUGGCCCCCAACGCUCGGGUGAUCUCUUGCGCCGAAAGAGUACGAAGAUGUUCGGCGCCAAGAUCAUGCAAAUCAAGCCCCGACCCGGCACCAGGCUUAGCCAGCUUGAUCCCAUCCCACAAAACAAUCUCCAGAUGGCGUCGAAUACCGGCCCUGUUCCUCAGCGACAGCCUACGUUCCGCAUCAUCCGCGGUCAACUUAUCGGCAAGGGUACUUACGGCCGUGUAUACCUCGGCAUGAACGCGGACAAUGGUGAAGUCUUGGCCGUGAAAUUAGUUGAGAUCAACCCACGCAUUGCAGGCGCAGACAAAGACCGUAUCAAGGAAAUGGUCGCCGCCCUAGACCAAGAAAUCGACACAAUGCAACACCUCGAACAUCCUAACAUCGUGCAAUAUCUUGGUUGCGAGCGUGGCGAAUUCUCCAUUUCCAUCUACCUAGAGUAUAUCUCCGGUGGCUCUGUCGGAAGCUGUCUGCGCAAGCAUGGCAAGUUCGAAGAAAGCGUCGUCAGAUCACUCACCCGACAAACCCUCGGCGGAUUGGCAUAUCUGCAUGACAAGGGAAUCCUCCAUCGUGACCUGAAAGCAGACAACAUCCUCCUGGAUCUCGAUGGAACUUGCAAGAUCUCAGACUUCGGUAUCUCAAAGAAAACAGACGACAUCUACGGCAAUGACUCGUCCAACUCCAUGCAGGGUUCAGUCUUCUGGAUGGCCCCGGAGGUCAUCCAAUCCCAGGGCCAGGGCUACAGCGCCAAGGUCGAUAUCUGGUCUCUGGGCUGUGUAGUGUUGGAGAUGUUUGCUGGUCGUCGCCCAUGGAGUAAAGAAGAAGCCAUCGGCGCUAUCUUCAAGCUCGGCAGUUUGAGUCAGGCCCCGCCGAUUCCCGAUGAUGUUUCUAUGAACAUCACUCCCGCAGCUCUCGCGUUCAUGUACGACUGCUUCACAAUUGACUCGGCUGAGCGCCCCACGGCUGGAACUCUGCUCACGCGCCAUCCGUUCUGCGAGUCUGAUGCGAACUAUAAUUUCCUAGACACGGAAUUGUAUGCGAAGAUUCGUGAUGUUCUUUGA